AAUAAUAAUAAUAAUAAUAAUAAUAAUAAUAAUAAUAAUAAUAAUAAUAAUAAUAAUAAUAAUAAUAAUAAUAAUAAUAAUAAUAAUAAUAAUAAUAAUAAUAAUAAUAAUAAUAAUAAUAAUAAUAAUAAUAAUAAUAAUAAUAAUAAUAAUAAUAAUAAUAAUAAUAAUAAUAAUAAUAAUAAUAAUAAUAAUAAUAAUAAUAAUAAUAAUAAUAAUAAUAAUAAUAAUAAUAAUAAUAAUAAUAAUAAUAAUAAUAAUAAUAAUAAUAAUAAUAAUAAUAAUAAUAAUAAUAAUAAUAAUAAUAAUAAUAAUAAUAAUAAUAAUAAUAAUAAUAAUAAUAAUAAUAAUAAUAAUAAUAAUAAUAAUAAUAAUAAUAAUAAUAAUAAUAAUAAUAAUAAUAAUAAUAAUAAUAAUAAUAAUAAUAAUAAUAAUAAUAAUAAUAAUAAUAAUAAUAAUAAUAAUAAUAAUAAUAAUAAUAAUAAUAAUAAUAAUAAUAAUAAUAAUAAUAAUAAUAAUAAUAAUAAUAAUAAUAAUAAUAAUAAUAAUAAUAAUAAUAAUAAUAAUAAUAAUAAUAAUAAUAAUAAUAAUAAUAAUAAUAAUAAUAAUAAUGAUGAACCAACAACGGGAAAAAAUCUCAAAUUAUGCGGAAUUAUUUUACGUGUUAGUGCUUGGCAGGCGACGGCUAAUGCACUCAAUUCCCACUACAAUGUCUCAAAUAAACAAAGAGCACGUAGUCUCGUCGAUAAUUGUAUUCAAGACACUCCAGAUUUUGAUUCAAUCAAUUUUAUAACUACCGCACAGCCACAUGCUUCACAGAAUAAAAAACCUAGUUCUAAUAAAAAUAAUUAUCGUAAUUGUCAUCGAAAUUCAAGUCAGUCUGACAAUAAAGCAAAUGACUCAAAUUUAGAGCUUCCAGCUUUACUAAAUAAUUUUGAAUCAUUCAUGAAAUCAUUCCUGGAAAGAUUAGAACGAAUAACAUCAAGCAAUUCUUCGGCAAAUACCAUUCCGGCGCAACUUCUUCAGUCAUCAACCCAUUCAGCAGCUUUUUGUGACGACACAAUUAAACCUAGCGGUAAGCCUUCUUCAGCGAGUCUGAAAGCUCCGUCAAGAGUCAGUCAGAUGGUCACCAACGUGUUUAUUGAUCACCACAAGAUCGAUGCAUUACUGGACAGUGGAAGUGGACGCAGCUACAUCUCUGAAGCUGCAUACGAACGCAUCAAAGAAAACCAACUGCACGAACUCAUAUCAGGCCCCAUGGAUGCUCGUGAGGUCAUUAUGGCUAAUUCUAAACCAACACAAACACGAGGUGGUGCGCCUUUCCGGAUAAACUUAGACGGCCACGAAAUUAUCACUUGGUUGACUGUGGUACCAGGAUUGUCUACUCCUGUCAUCCUUGGACUAGAUUUUUGGCAGUUAGCUGACAUUCAAGUGAAUUCCAAAGAAAACACUUGGAAAAUGAAUUCAAGUAAAAUAACUCACACAUUUUCCUCAAGGACAUAUCAAUUUAAUUCAGCAACGUUAAACUCACUGUCGUCAACUGAAGAGGCUAAUCAUAAUCGAAAUCUCUUACUCAAACAACAAGAAAAUAUUACACUAAGUAGUUGA